CUUCCCAGCCUGCGGCACGCCGGCAUUCCCGCUUUCCCGGGCUUUUCGGAAUCCGAACUUGUAGGCUCUUAAAAGGCGCCUAGUUGCCUUUUGCCAGGUCCUGGUCCUAGACGGUAGGAAUCGGAAUGGCUUCCAUUCGGAUCCGAGGGGCCAAGGAGGAAGACUGUGGAGAGAUCCUGAAGCUGAUUCGGGAGCUAGCUGAGUACGAGAAACUCUCGGAUCAAGUGAAGAUCAGUGAAGAAGCCCUGAGAGCAGAUGGCUUUGGAGAGAAUCCUUUCUAUCACUGUUUGGUAGCAGAGAUUCUUCCAGCCCCCGGGGAGCUACAGGGGCCCUGCAUAGUGGGCUAUGGACUCUACUACUUCAUCUACAGCACAUGGAAGGGACGCAACGUUUAUCUGGAAGACAUCUAUGUGAUGCCGGAACAUCGGGGUCAGGGGAUCGGUUCCAAAAUAAUCAAAAAGGUGGCUGAGGUGGCCCUAGAUAAGGGCUGCUCCCAGUUCCGCCUGGCAGUCUUGGACUGGAACCAGAAGGCCAUAGACUUGUACAAGGCACUAGGAGCCCAAGAUCUGACCGAAGCUGAGGGCUGGCACUCCUUCCGCUUUGAAGAAGAGGUGAUGAAGAAGUUGGCAGGAAGGUGAUGCUAUCUCUUGGGAAUCUCCCUCUACUUGAGUUUCUCCUUCCCCACCAACUGAAGCACUCUUCAGAGACUUAUUUCCAUGGACAUUGACACUAAGGCUCCCUAGAGGAAGGUGUGUUGGGGAUGUGUAUCCUGGAAGUGCAGAAACAGCAGAGUUGAAGGAGAAGCCCUUCCUCCUCUUUGAGAGUAAAAAAUAAAUGAGAAUGACUAUCUCCAA